CCCUCUUAUUGAAGGGGAUGUGAAGUCACCUCUCUUUUAAGCAGGGCGAUUUUUAGAGGGAGUUUCUUGAAAAAGCAAAGGCACAUCUGCACUCGUUCUGCUCGCUCCUCCGAGAACCCUUUUCCUUCACACAGAACAGUGACCUGAAUCCAAGAUGGCAGCAAAGGGCGUCGUCGGCAUGGCUAACAAAGGACCAUCCUACGGAAUGAGCCGGCAGGUUCAGGAUAAGAUCGACAGCAAGUAUGACCCGGAGCUGGAGCUGAUUCUGGUGGAAUGGAUCAACCGUCAAUGUGGAUCUGGAGUGGGCAGACCGGAGGCUGGGAAGAUGGGCUUCCAGGCCUGGCUGAAGGACGGAUGUGUUCUGAGUGAGCUCAUCAACAGUCUCUUCCCGGGAGACAAACCGGUGAAGAAGAUCCAGAGCUCCACCAUGGCCUUCAAGCAGAUGGAGCAGAUCUCACAGUUCCUCAACGCUGCAGAGAAGUAUGGCGUCACCAAGACAGACAUGUUCCAGACUGUGGACCUGUGGGAAGGAAAAGACCUGGCCGCAGUGCAGAGGACCCUCUCAGCCCUGGGUAGCUUGGCCAUCACCAAGGAAGAAGGCACAUACCAGGGAGACCCAAACUGGUUCUUCAAGAAAGCUCAGGAGAAUAAGCGAGAGUUUAGCGAAGACCAGCUGAAGGCCGGCAAGAAUGUGAUUGGUCUGCAAAUGGGCUCCAACAAGGGGGCAAGCCAGGAGGGCAUGAGCUAUGGAAGACCGAGGCAGAUCUUGUGAAAUCACUGCACACGAAUAAAGAAAACCUCGUUCGAGUUGUCGCCCGAUCAAGCCUGUAACCGACCACUGACUCCACCCCGCUUUGUUCCCCUCACCACUUUUAGUACAAGUGAACGUCUGAAGGCUUUGGCUGUAUUAUAGAUUAAAAUAUUCUGGAUUGAAAUUAUGCUCAAAUGACGCCCUGAAACAAUAAAAACAAGGCUUGGAAGGCUCAAUAUGGUCCCAACGUUGCCACACAACAAAAGUUCAUCUUCCAAUGCUCUGCUUGCUGCAUGGGUGGCAAUAUGUUUUGUACAUUGUCUUAAUAAAUAAUGAAUUUGAAAUGAA